AUGAAUUUGAAUAUCGAUCAGAAUGUUCACGGCCUAGAGACCGCCAAUCAUACAAAGAAUGGGAACGAUUUUGGAGCACUUAAAAAUUUAACAGCCAACGAAAGCGAAUUUAAUCUACAAAAUGAAGAAUUUAUAUUUGACAGAACAGAUGUUAGAGCUAUAUUUAUCACAUUGUAUACGCUCGUUUUUUGUUGCUGUUUCUUUGGUAACCUUCUCGUUAUACUCGUCGUGACGCUAUCUAGAAGACUAAGGUCCAUCACUAAUUUCUUCUUAGCAAAUUUAGCGGUAGCAGAUCUAUGUGUGGGUGUGUUUUGUGUCUUCCAAAAUUUGACGAUAUACUUAAUACCUAGUUGGGUGUUUGGUGAUUUCCUAUGCAAGAUGUACCAAUUUGUACAUUCCUUGAGCUAUACGGCAUCAAUUUUUAUCUUAGUUGUAAUUUGUACAGAAAGAUAUUUUGCAAUAAUUCACCCUAUUACUUGCAAACAAAUAUUAACAUCGAGGAGGCUAAGAUUAGUGAUCCUCGGAGUAUGGAUUACGAGUGCCGCGUACAGCGCACCAAAGUUUAUAUGGGUAGAGACGAUAACGAAUGACCUGGGUGACGGUCACUUAGAGACCAUUUGUAUCCAGCACAGAAUGAAGUACAACUCAGAGAUAUUCGACAUGGUCAACUUUGGUCUACUCUACGUCACUCCACUCUGCGUUAUGACGGUUCUAUACACCCGGAUUGCGGUGGGUCUCUGGCAGAGUUCGAAUGGGUUACGUCACAUGGGACAGGCGCAGUGCUGCGCAGCGCAGUGUCCACGCCCGGAGAAGCCUCCAACCGAAAAUUAUGAACCACAGCGGACGUUCAUAGGAACUUCUGAAGCCAAGGGUACUCCAGCUGGAACGGUAAAAACGAAGAAGCGCUCCCGGCAGGAGAGUCGAAGCUGUCAUCACCUCAGUCAUCUGUCAAGAAAUGUGCUGCGCGCGCGGCGCGGUGUCGUGCGUAUGCUUAUAGUGGUCGUCCUGACGUUUGCUAUCUGCAACUUGCCCUUCCAUGCUCGUAAAAUGUGGCAAUAUUGGUCAACCGGAUACCAAGGUACCAGCGACUUCAGCGCCCUCCUUACACCCCUCACAUUUCUUAUUACCUACUUCAACUCUGGAAUAAACCCUUUACUGUACGCAUUCCUGUCUAAGAAUUUUCGUAAAGGCAUGAGGGAGCUGCUUUUCUGUAGCUUUCACAGUAAGAAGAAAAGUGAGAACGUGAUUUUAUUGAAUAGAGUUGGGGGUACGGGCUUACGGAGGAGUUCGACUCGAUCGACACGGGCCAACUGUAGCACGGUGACCAUGGCCCCGAAUGGAGAGUCAUGA